AUGGCGACCAAUCAUUCCCCUCCCCUCGUUUCUGCAGGGCCCUUGCUCCUCCCCGUCCAACUCAUCCCACGACGAAACGCAAGAUCCAAGCAGCGUUUUCAUCGCCGCAGUAAACCGAAAGUCCGCAGUGGUUGCUUGACGUGCAAGACACGACGCGUCAAGUGUGACGAGGGAAAACCAGCGUGUGCGCGGUGUAUUCGUGGGGAUUUUGUGUGCGACGGGUAUGAGACGCAGCCUACAAAGCAUGAGGUUGUUGUCAUUUCACCCGCUCAGGUCGUGCCGGUGAAGUUCCUGCCGCUGGCGCCGUCUACGCUGCCUGGGCUCGAUAGACACAGUGUACCGUACCUCGAUGCCUUUCGGUAUCACGUGGCGCCGGAGCUCUCGGGGAGCUUUUACAUGGAUUUCUGCGAGGGGACGAUUCUUACUGGUGUGCAUCAGGAUGACUCCAUUCGUCAGCUUGUGCUAGCACUUGGCGCCUUAACCCUUGCCAUCGCCGAUGACGCGCGAGACACAAAGCAGUCUAUAGCCCAAUCGAAACCUUCACCGCUAAAGGUUUGGGGCCCAAGCAGUAUCAGGAACAGAAAUCACGCUGCGUCGUUGAAGCAUUACCUCAAAGGCGUUCAAAGCCUUCGUGAGCGAUUAAAGCUUGACCCAGCGCAUGUGUCUGUACGGACCAUGACGGUCAUGACGAUCCUGAUGGCCUUGUUUGAGAUCUUGCAAGGGAAUCACCGGUCAGUGGACAGUAUACUGAAAAGUGUUACCGCUUUGUUGAACGAACAUCUUGCACAGCAAAGGAGCACUGAAGGUAGCAAGGAUGAGAUCACGUCGGUUCAGCAUACGUUCCUCUGCUUUUCGAUGAUGUGUCAAUACUCCCGCCAAAUAAUAUCAGCCAUACCGAUCUACAGGCAGAUAAAUACAGUCUCUGCCACAGAACCGCCAGUGUUUGGGGUAGAUUUGCCAAGGUCCCUUCUUGGUCGGUGGAGAUUAUUUAACAGUGCCAUGAUGGCGUAUAUAGGUCAAGCCCACGACGUAGUGGCACUGAAAGACCCGGAAUUCAUCAAGUCAUUUCAUCUACGCGGCCGAAUUCUAUACAAGCAAGCGCUGUCGUGGCGUGAGGUGAUCCGGGCAUAUCUCAAGAGUGACCUGGACGAGGACCAUCUUCACCGGCUGAAGCUACUGGAGAUACACUGCAUCAUAUCAGAGAUCCACUUGGAUUGUAUUCUUAUACCGUGCGACUUGUCUUAUGACCGGUAUGAGGAGACGUUCAAAGCUCUGCUUGACGACUGUACGGCAUGGUUGAAGCAGCAGGUACGAAAUGGCGUUCCUCGUCACAUCACUUUAGGAGAGGGUAUACUGCUUCCACUGUCCGGUAUCGCUCGUCUAUGCCGAGUCCACGAUGUUCGUAUGGAGGCACUCUAUCUCAUACAGAGUGUCACCUGGCAAGAGGGUGCUUGGGAUCCUCAGUUUCUAGCACUGGGGGAGCUUGGUACAGUGGUAAUGGAGGAGCGAGGGCGGGAAGAGACUGGUUUCAUACCAGCGUCUUCAAGGUGGCUUUGGGUGAGCAACGUGGAUGGGGAGAAUGAAGGUGACGGUCCCCUUGGGCUUUAUAUUUCCCGGUUUUUGGGCGAGGAUGGGCAGCCCCUGGUAAGGGUGAUACCAUAUGAUAUCUCAUGGUGGGAUGAGAAAGUAUGCAUGUCAGAAUAA